AUGAAAGCCAUGUUGCAGCACCGCAAGCACAUCGCGGAUGGUGCCGUUGCGCAAUCGAAGAUGGCUGUUAGGAAGCGCUUCGAGUGUUCGGUAUGCAAGAACCGUUUCGUCCUGCAGAGCGGCCUACAACGGCACCGAGAGAAGUACCAUCCCGUACCACAAACGAUGGAGGAAAGUAAGCCGUAUCUCCUGGCAGCGGCCCUGAAGUGUAUGAUUUGCGGAACGAUUUUUCCCGAUGUUGAUCGAUACCACCAGCACGUGAAUGGGCACAACUGGGAUAAAAUGCUGGCCAACUUACCAUCCUGGGCAGCGAAUCGUUACGGAACCAUUUUCAGCCAGCAUUUACGUAUCAUCACCAUCAACAUGGUGCUCCUGUGCGAAUACUGUGACGCAUUUUUCUCCGACGAAGGCUCACUGUUCUAUCACGAAUCAUUGCACAGCCCGUCGCACGGUUUUGAAUGUCUCCUGUGCGAGAAGGUUGGCUGCAAUCUGCAGCAGAUCAAACUGCACCGUAACGGUGAGUGCAGUUUGUACGAAAAAUACCAGAUGCAAAGCUUUCCCACACUCCCGAAGCAAUACUGCUGCAACGUUUGCUGCAACCUGUUCGACAAUCUGGACAGCCUGUUCAUCCACCGCAUCGAUUUUCACCAUUACUUUCCGCGUAUGGUUGUUGGACAAUUGGAUAUCAUAUCUGGUGAGAGCUUGCUGGCGUUGAACUGUGAGAUUUGCUGUGCUGUGUUCCCAACGCUGGCGCAGCUACUAGAGCACCGUAGCAAGGAACAUGCGAGCGUGCCUGUUGCGCCGACUAAACCAAACGUGCCGCAGGUGAAGCGUAAACCUGAGACCGACCUACCGAAAGGUGACAUCGAAGGGAAGACUAAUGAAUUGGCCCGGCCAUAUCUGUGCGAAAAGUGUGGCAAAACGUACACGCAAUCGAGCCACCUGUGGCAGCACCUGCGCUUCCACAACGGUAUCCGGCCAUUCGGUUGCCCGAUGAAGGGAUGCCAGCGUCGCUUCACCAUCCGGCCGGAUCUGAACGAUCACAUCCGCAAGUGCCACACCGGGGAACGACCUUACCUCUGCGAGAUCUGCCACAAACGGUUCCUGACCGGUUCCGUUUUCUACCAGCACCGGUUAAUCCACCGUGGCGAACGGCGCUAUGGAUGCGGAGAUUGUAGCAAGCGGUUUUACCGCGCGGACGCCUUGAAAAACCAUCAACGGAUACACACCGGCGAAAAGCCGUACGAGUGCAGCUUUUGUGACAAAAAGUUCCGUCAACGUGGUGAUCGUGAGAAGCAUGUUCGCGUUAAACAUUCCCGAGACUGA